CUUUAUAACAUUCCAGCAAUUUGCCUUUUAGUCCCAACACUCCCUGAGACCCUCUCUCGUCCCCCAUUAUCCAGCAGCAGCUAAAGAGCCCGGACAAGAUGUCUGAUGAGGAAGAGGUGACCUAUGAAGAAGAGGAGGAAGAUUAUGUUGAAGAAGAAGAAGAAGAAGAGGAAGUGGUGGCCCCUGAACCACCAAAACCUGCUCCUCCUCCUGCAGCUCCUCCACCUCUCAUCCGCCGGCGCUCCUCCGCUAACUAUCGGGCCUAUGCCACAGAACCACAGGUUAAGAUAAAACCCAAGAUUUCUGCAUCACGGAAGCUCCAGCUGAAGAGUUUGAUGCUGCAGAUUGCUAAGGCAGAAAUGGAACAUGAGGAAGAGGAGAGAGCUCUCGAGAAGGAGAGAUACCUUGCAGAACAAUGUCAGCCUCUACAACUGUCCGGCUUAUCCCUCUCUGAACUGCAGGACCUGUGUCGGGAGCUUCAUGCAAGAAUCGAUGUAGUAGAUGAAGAAAGAUAUGACAUGGAAGCCAAAGUGAACAAAAACAUCACUGAGAUCGAAGACUUGAAUCUAAAGAUCUUUGACCUCCGUGGCAAGUUCAAAAAGCCAAACCUCAGGAGGGUGCGCCUCUCUGCCGACGCCAUGAUGCGGGCGCUGUUGGGCACCAAGCACAAAGUCUCCAUGGACCUACGGGCCAGUCUCAAACAGGUCAAGCAAACCAAAAAGGAAGAUGUAGACAAGGAUAUAAGAGAAGUAGGUGACUGGAGGAAGAAUGUUGAUGCACUGAGUGGUAUGGAGGGCAGGAAGAAGAAGUUUGAAUCCACUGGGGCUGUUGCAGUUUAAGUAGGGGAGAUUUCUGAUGGAUGGAAAGCAAUUACUUCUGGACUGAAAUCGGAAAAAUUCCUCUUUGUUUGUGUUCGAAGGCCGUUACUCUGAAACCCAAUACAUCAUCCUGACAAAGAAUAUCAUUGCUGUCUGUAUCUGUCGUCUGAAUCUUCACUGUUUUAUCAAAGUAUUGGCAGAGUUAUAUAUUUCUGUUUCAUGUGCAGCUAAUUAGUGUUCAGUGACUUCAUUAAAUGAUAUAGUUUAUAACUA